AAUUGUUCCUACUCGCUCUCUGAUAUGUCUCUCUUGCAAGCCAGUUUCCUCGGUUCCUCUCUUCUCCAUUCGAAUCAAGACCUACGAAUUCCAUUCCAGAGACUAGUAAUCUCAUAUCCGCGUCUCCAUACAUAUCGGAUUCAAUGUGCGAAGAGAACUGGGAAACGGAGGUACCCCUCGGAGAAGAAGAAGCUGAGAUUGAAGCAGAAAGAAGCUGUGGCGAUGGUGAAGAACAAGCUUGAAGGAGUUUGGCGGCUCUCUAAGCUCGGAGUUCCUGUCGGAGAUGACCCAGGAAAAGAUUUUCUCGGUAUCUCCGAUGGGUUGCUUCAAGCCAUCGCCAAAGCUAUCGAGUUUCCGGUUGCUUCAAUGCUUCCAGAGGAAGCAUUUACAGUCGUUAGGAAAUCUUUUGAUGCGAGGAAGAUUUUGAAGGAAGCCAAGUUUGUGUAUACUGUUGACAUGGAUGUGGACAAGCUUCUGCAUCUAGAACCUCGUACUCAUGACUUCAUCUCCCGGUUGGAGCCCAAGGUUGGGCUUAUUGAACAUUUGGGUUCUGAGAAGAGCUUUUCCGGUGACUUGGUCAGUUUAGUACAUGAUUGUAGAAGAGUCGAAAACAAUGUCUUGUCAGGAGGAUAUGAAUCUCAGAGGAUUAAUGGCACUGGAGAGUCAAUCCAUCGCCCGGAAAGAAGAAAACCAAGAAUAUGUGUUGUUGGAAGUGGCCCAUCUGGUUUGUUUGCAUCUCUUGUCCUUGCGGAAUUUGGUGCAGAUGUGACACUCAUUGAAAGAGGCCGAGCAGUGGAUGAAAGGGGACGUGACAUAGGUGCUUUGGUAGUUCGUCGGGUUUUGGAUCGUGAGAGCAAUUUCUGCUAUGGCGAGGGUGGUGCAGGUACAUGGAGUGACGGAAAGCUUGUGACCAGAAUAGGGAGAAACAGUGCCAGUGUUUUAGCUGUCAUGAAGACUUUGGCUCGCUUUGGUGCUGCAGAUAAUAUCUUGGUAAAUGGAAAGCCUCAUCUUGGAACAGAUAGACUAAUUCCAUUACUCCGAAACUUCAGGGAACAUCUUCAGAGCAUUGGAGUCACUAUCAAGUUUGGGACAAGGGUAGAUGAUCUGCUGGUAGAAGAUUCACGUGUCGUGGGAGUCAGGGUUUCAGAUUCCACAAACCAAUUGCAGAACACUUGCAAGAGCUUAAAAUUUGAUGCAGUUGUACUUGCAGUUGGUCAUUCGGCACGUGACACAUAUGAGAUGCUUCUUUCUCAUAACUUGGACUUGGUUCCGAAAGAUUUUGCUGUUGGAUUGCGCAUUGAGCAUCCUCAAGAACUAAUUAACAGUAUACAGUACUCAGACUUGGCCAACGAAGUACAUAAAGGACGAGGAAAAGUACCAGUGGCAGAUUAUAAAGUUGUCCAAUAUGUAAAUAGCAAGGAUGAGGAACUUUCCCAAUCUCCAGGACGAAGUUGCUACUCCUUCUGCAUGUGCCCUGGUGGUCAGGUUGUUCUCACCAGCACAAACCCUGCCGAAAUUUGUAUCAAUGGCAUGUCUUUUUCUCGGCGUUCGUCCAAGUGGGCUAAUGCUGCACUUGUUGUCUCCGUUUCAUCAAAGGACUUUGAUGUUCUGAAUCUUCAUGGACCCCUAGCGGGUGUUGGGUUUCAGAGAGAGCUUGAAAGGAGAGCAGCAUUAAUGGGUGGUGGGAAUUUCGCAGUACCUGUGCAGAGGGUAACUGAUUUUCUGGAAGAAAAGUUAUCUGAAACACCUUUACCGCCUUCAAGUUAUCGGUUAGGAGUGAAGUCUGCAAAUCUGCAUGAGCUGUUUCCUGCUCAUAUAACUGAAUCAUUGAGACACUCUAUCUCAAUGUUUGAUAAAGAGUUACCGGGAUUCAUUUCAAAAGAAGCCCUUCUCCAUGGCGUAGAGACAAGGACUAGCUCUCCUGUUCGGAUUCCUCGUAGCAAUGAAACGUACGAGAGUACAUGUUUGAAAGGGCUAUACCCAGUUGGUGAAGGAGCUGGUUAUGCCGGUGGCAUCGUGAGUGCAGCAGUAGACGGUAUGUAUGCCGGUUUUGCUGUUGCCAAAAGUUUUGAUAUGUUUGAAGGAACCAUAGAAUCGGUUAUCGGGAAGGUUCAAGGUCCUGGGCUCAUAAAGUACUGAACUUUCAAAUGCCCUUCGUCCCCAUUAAGCUCCUCGUGUGAAAGCAUUCCAACGGCGAUUGCUUCCGCCUAAGAAUUUCAGUUUUGCUGCAGAAAACUUGUGAGAAACCUCGGUUGCUAAAUCAUCUUCAACCUCGGGUUUCCGCGGUUAAACACAAUGUUCGUCGGAGGCUCCUUGUUUUCUAUAGAACAUAAAUGCAGCCGAUGAGAUUCAGCGGAAACCAAGGACCAUGUUGCAACGGUAAAAUAGUAUAUAAACUCUACACACAUUAACCCCUCCAGUAGCAGCAGUAGUAAUAGGACAAAGCCUGGAGAAGCUUCGGGUUGUUUUUGUCAUUUGCUUUGCAAAGCUUUCUCCGUGACUUAUCAUUGCUUAAUAGAAGAAAUGAAAUAUAUUUUUAAUAAAACACGGUUAGGGAACCCAACCCAUUAAUAAUUAUAUUUGGACCAAUUAUUCGGUCAUUUUUAUUUAAUGGGUUUAAACCCAUUAAAACCAUAGGCUUAAUAAAUUAGCCUACUAUACAAUAAUUAUUUUAUUUUAAUUCUGAAAAUCCAAAUUCUACUUACCCUAUUCUCUAACCUCUCGGACAACGUUUUCAUUUGUGAUUCUUGUCGAGUUUCAUCUACUUUUUCAUUUUCGAAAAGGCAAAUCUAAAUUUUGACAUGUUAUUCUGUUCAUUUCGAAAAGGUUGCUGGCUUUCUACUUUCUGAUUUAGUGUUCGUUCUUGAAUUUUGGAUAUAAUUUUUCGUGAAAUCAUAUAAUUUUGGGCUUCAAUUA